UGACAACAAACCAGGAAGAUGAAAGUCUGCUGCUGCUGCUGCUAAAAAAAAGGGGAAGCGUGAGACUGAGUCGCUCAGUCAACCUCCAGUGCGACGAGCCGGCGGAUCUGAACAGGAGGACGGCAGACAAAUCGCCGACACUCGCGCCGUUUCGUCACAAGUCAGCGGCUCCACAUCGCCACAAUGGAUGACUUCGACUUGUCUCAAGCUCUGGACAAUCCACUUGAGUCGGACGAGAAAGAAGUUGACUCCCGCUGCUUUGACAUGACGGAAGUCCACAGUGAGAUCGUGAAACUCGAUGCGGGACUGGACCUGGUGGUUUCCCGCAACCCAUACACCAUGAAGGGGGUGGCUACCCUGCUGCUGGCAGCGAACAGGCUGAAGGGGCCCUUGACUCGCGAAGGCCGAGAGCUCCGUGACGACGAGCUCUGCCAAAGGAUCGUGGACAGCGUGAUCGAGACGACAAUCAUCGAGACGGCCGAGAACAGCUCCACGGGACGGGGACGAAUCAUCUUCAAGCGCCUCAGGAGCUGGGAGUGCAAUCUGACCGACGACGAAAACAAAGAUAUCGUGUGCACGACCAAAGACCUGAAACUGGAGUCCGUCACUCUGAAGGGAGGCAACGGCAAUCACAAAGUGACGUUUAAACUGGGGACCUACUUCAGUCCUGGUGUUGGUCAGACGGUUGUUCUGUCCAUCAUCAAUCACAACUUGUACAUUUCCUGCACUAUGAACGGCAACAAAGCUGAGAUGAAGCUGGAGAAAUGCAGUGCCGAUCAAUUAAAGAGCAUCACCGCGGACGGGAACAUGGACCGUUUCCUCUUCUACAACAAACAGAGAGGAAUGAACGGGUACAUGUUUGAGUCCGUCAUGUGCAGCGGCUGGUUCAUCAGCACCUCCUACGAGAAGGAAAACCAUCCCGUGGAGAUGUGCAAAGUGGACACCGCCUGCCGCGUCUUCACGUUCAGCAUCUACUAAAAAAGAUCACUUAUUGCCGAAGGGGCCCAAGAACAGCUUGAAUGUAAGCAGAAAUAUAUAUGCUUUUUUUUAAAAAAACAACCUUUGUUCUACAUGGCCACGAGAUGGAACCGUCACCUGCCUUCUGAUUUUGCCCGGAGGCGACUAAUAAUUCAGUGUGACCCACUAACAGUCCUUUUUACUCACUGGCAAGCGGCUGUUAAAAAAUGAAUCUUCUAGGUUAUUCCUCAAAACUGCAAUUGGGUUGAUCUCCAGGUUCCUACUGCAAAUGUGCUAUUUUUCAUUCGUAAGUGUGCUGUUUUUAUUCUAGCGAGGAAAUGAAGAUGACGUGUGCAUUUCAUAUCAUUACACGCUGAAAAGUAAUGGGCUUCAUUCGUCUGGUUCUCUUUAUCACCUCAGUCGCAUGAUGACGUGGUUUGGUGAAAGUCGAGUCGGAUUCUCUGGGCAGCCCCACGAAUCCUCCUCGACACCUUUCCUUCACCUCACGACCCUUUGUCCACUGAGGUCAAGGAAUAAGACGACGGGGAGGACGAUCCGAGUCCACGGGUGCGGUCGAAUUGUCCUUCCUGUCUGCUUCAUAUGAUAGCCUUUUCUACAAAGUAAAACUUGACAUACAGAGUACAUGUUUAGUCUGUAAGAGAAGUACUCGAAAAGUGCUCCUUUUCUCACAAGUAUCGCAGUUUCAAAGUACUGCAUUAAAAGUCCAUUAUAGUCUUGCAUUCGAAUUCCAACUCAGUCAAAAAGUGUCCCGAUAUGUGAUUCCGUUUUUUAUGAGAUUAUUAAUACUGAUGCACGGAUGCUUCAGCAGCAGUUCUGUUGCCGCUGCUUUAAAUAUAUGAAGAUAAUUUUGUCCCGUGUGUGUGUGUGUGUCUGAAUGAAUGACGGAUAUCUUGGAUGAUGAGAUCAGUUUUUUUAAAUGAUUUUAAAUGGGAUUCUCAUUCAUGUACUAAAGCUCUGUUUACAAUCUGAUGUCAGCUAAUUAAAAAGAUUCAGUUGGCAAUAAGUUGAAGGCUAAAAUAAAAUUUUAAACUGG